AUGGUCCAACCCCACUUCCACAAAUGGAUCCCCAUCCACGGUCGCACGUUCCUGUACUGGUUCGGGGCCAGGCCGAGCCUGUGCGUGGCCGACGUGAACACGGUGAAGCAGGUGCUCUCCGACCGCGGCGGGCUGUACCCCAAGAACCUCGGGAACCCGCACAUCGCCCGGCUGCUCGGCAAGGGGCUCGUGCUCACCGACGGCGACGACUGGAAGCGCCACCGCAAGGUCGUCCACCCGGCCUUCAACAUGGACAAGCUCAAGAUGAUGACGGUGACCAUGUCCGACUGUGCCGGGUCAAUGAUGUCGGAGUGGAAGGCAAAGAUGGAGAAGGGGGGCAGCGUGGAGAUUGAGCUGAGCCACCAGUUCGAGGAGCUGACUGCGGAUGUCAUCUCUCACACGGCAUUCGGAAGCAGCUACGAACAGGGGAAGAAGGUCUUCCUCGCGCAGAGGGAGCUCCAGUUUCUUGCCUUCUCCACUGUAUUCAACGUGCAAAUCCCAGCAUUCAGGUACCUUCCAACUGAAAAGAACCUCAAGAUAUGGAAGCUUGACAAGGAGGUGAGGACCAUGCUGAUGAACAUCAUCGAAAGCCGUCUUGCCACCAAAGAAACCAUGGGCUACGGCAACGACCUGCUUGGGCUUAUGUUGGAGGCAUGCGCGGUAGAGGGUGGGCAUAAUCCGAUUUUGAGCAUGGACGAGAUCAUAGAUGAGUGCAAGACCUUCUUCUUUGCCGGGCAUGACACUAGCUCUCACCUGCUCACAUGGACCAUGUUCUUGCUGAGCACGCACCCUGAGUGGCAGGAGAAGCUCAGGGAGGAGGUACUAAGAGAGUGUGGCAGUGAGGUUCCCACCGGUGACAUGCUCAACAAACUGCACUUGGUCAACAUGUUCCUACUAGAAACUCUCAGGUUAUACGCUCCUGUGUCGCUCAUUCAAAGGAAGGCGGGUUCGGAUCUCGAGGUUGGUGGCAUCAAAGUGCCUGAAGGCACGGUCUUGACGAUCCCCAUCGCGAUGAUACAUCGUGACAAGGAGGUAUGGGGAGAAGAUGCCAACGAAUUCAAGCCCAUGAGGUUCGAGAAUGGAGUGACGAGGGCCGGAAAACAUCCCAAUGCCUUGUUAUCUUUCUCCAGUGGGCCGAGGUCGUGCAUUGGGCAGAACUUUGCAAUGAUAGAGGCCAAGGCUGUGAUCGCCGUGAUCCUUCAAAGGUUCUCGUUUUCCCUAUCACCUAAGUAUGUCCAUGCCCCAAUGGACGUGAUCACAUUGCGGCCCAAGUUUGGUUAA